UGGAUUCACACACUCUAAAUAUAGCAGACUUUAAGUCAGACUGGAUUGCAGGGGAGACUUAAAACUACUGCAAAGAACACACCGAGACUCAAGUCUUUUAGUAAACAUUGUCUGUGUUCUGAAGCUCUCAGUCAUUUUUUACUUUUAAGAAAUGCGAGUUUGUUGCACUGAUGGACUGAUACUCUGGAUCAAAUGGUGAACUGGUUUGAAAUGGAGAUUAUGGAAUUAUUCAGGGAUCAAGAGGCAUUAUCCCAGUAAUGUAAUCUUAAUCAGCACAGAUAUUUCUCGGUUUACUGCAAGGGAAGUCCAAUAUUUUGUUCAACAGUUGGCCAUAAGUUGCUCCAGCAGAAAUGAUAUUCCACUUGUCUCUUUUUAUCGGCGUCAAUCUUUUCGUGUCCCAGUGCCAUGGCGGCUGUGCGGAGGUGGACUCCCUGACUGAAGCUGUGGCAGGAGAAGGAUUCCUGCUGGGCUGCAUCUCAUGUAAGAGAAGAGAGGAGGUGCCUGCCCGAGCCACUGUAGACUGGCACUUCAAACCGCUGGGAGAGGAGGAGUUCAGGCAUAUUUUCCACUAUGACCACCCCAGUGCUAACAUCAUCAAUGAAGAUUUCAGCGAGCGUCUGGUGUGGCAUGGAUCGAACAACAGCGAUAUUCAGAUAGGAGCCGUUUACAUUCAUAACGUCACCUUCAAUGACACAGGGACGUACCGCUGCACAAUCCUCCGCACCCUCCAUCUGCCCAAGUAUGACGAGCACGUCACUGUGGAGAAAGAGUUCGAGCUCAACGUGGUGGCUAUAGCCAAUCGGGAGCUGACAGCAGUGAUCUCAGAGAUUGUCAUGUACGUCCUGAUUGUGGUUCUGCAGCUGUGGCUCAUUGUGGUUCUGGUCUACUGUUACCAUAAGAUUUCGGAGGAGCAUGAAGGUCGGGAGGCCCGUAAAGCUCUCAAGGCUCAGGCACAGCUGUUAGAAUCGAAAGACGACUGUGAUGGGGUGCAGCUAGAGUAAUAUUACCAGUAAAAAGAUCUCUGCAAGAGUCAAGCUUCCUUACUGUACCGUGGUUUUGCUAAUUAAGACAAAACUACUGUAAAACAGGUUGACUUUGAAUAGCGUGGUCACGCGGUCGUACGUGCAACCUGUACGAUCAACUGUAAAGACAAGCUGAUGGUGCAGAUGGCCGAUUUUCCACCUAGUUAUUAAAAUGUGUACACUUGAUUUGUGAAAAAAAGUACUUUAAAAGGUUUUUGAAAAGAAAUAACCAAUUAAAAAGCCAUUUAAUUCUAUAGAAUUAAAUGGCUUUUUAGUAUUUAAUAAUCAUUAAAAUAAUAUUCUUUAAACAAUUAAUUUAAUUACCAGAGCCAAACAUCAUAUGCCCAACAAUUAAUUAAAUAAACUGAUCAAAUAAUUGACUUAUAGUGUCAAUGGCAACCCAUGGCCUUUCUAGCAACUCAUUUCUAUUACAUCUCUUUUAACCACACAACAGAAGCUGAAAUGCCAAAAAAUUAUGUUUUUACCAUCAUUUAAAAAAAUACAAAUAAGCAAUUAUGUGCUCUUAGUUUUUUAUUUUAACCAAUGUCUUAAUAAUACCAAAUGAGAGUUAUUCAAUGUCAUUAAUAUGACCUGCCGGGUAUCUAAGAAGUCUUUGUAUCUUGAUAUUUUAAUGUGCAAUUGAAACAUUAUAUUGAUAUCACUUAGUGUUAAGCAUAAGCAAGAUGUCUUUAUUUAACAGUGUCUACAGGCAGAAACACUGUUCAGUUCCUCUAAACUUAUUUGUCCUUUUCUAUGGUUGUCCAAUUUUGUAAAUGAAUCGAAAUUAAAUAAAUGUUUUUGUCAAUCAUUUUUGUCCACCGCCCUUGCUGCCUCUGAACAAAUGACUUAAUUGGUGUUAUCUUUGACAAUGCUUUGCUGUUAAAGAACUGCAUACGUUUACUGGAUGUUGCCUGGGAUGUUUCCUGUGCACUUUAUGUUUAAUAAUGUAUUU